AUGGCUUCUCGUAUUGCACGCAAGAUUGUCAAGUCCGUUCUUUCUCGUGAACAAAUGGAUGGUGAUGGUGCUCGUGUCUUCCGUAGUAUCGGUAGCAUGCAGCUUCGCAACUUGGAUCCAUUCCUUAUGCUUGAUGAAUUUGAUGUCCAUGCUCCUGGUGGUUUCCCUGAUCAUCCCCAUCGCGGUUUUGAAACAGUGACUUACAUGCUCGAAGGCGAAUUUUUGCAUGAAGACUUCAAGGGUCAUAGUGGUCGUAUCGGUCCUGGUGAUCUUCAAUGGAUGUCAGCUGCCAAGGGCAUUGUUCAUGCUGAAAUUCCUGCCAGCAACAGCCGUGCUCAUGGUUUGCAAUUGUGGGUAAACCUUUCAUCCAAGGACAAGAUGGCUGAACCCAACUACCAAGAAUUCCCUGCUUCCAAGGUGACACAAGUUUCUCCUGAGGAUGGUGUCAAUAUCAAGGUCAUCGCUGGUGAAUCUUAUGGUGUCAAGAGCCCUGUCAUGACUCGCACACCAACCAUGUUUAUUGAUGUCAAGUUGGCCAAGGGCAAAUCCAUCGAACAAGUCAUCCCCAAGGACUAUGCUGGUUUCAUUUACACCAUCAAUGGCUCUGGUCUCUUUGGUGCAGACAAGCAUAAAUCCGAUGCUCAUCAUACGCUUGUCCUUGAUGAUAAUGGUGGUACCUACAUCCCUGUUGAGGCUCUCACGGAUGACUGCCACUUUGUCAUCAUCGCUGGCAAACCUAUCAAGGAACCCAUUGUUCAAUAUGGCCCCUUUGUCAUGAACACCCAACAAGAAAUCUACAAGGCUUUCCAUGACUACAGCCGUGGUAUCAAUGGAUUCGAAGGCGCUCCCGCUUGGACUUCAAGCAUUCGUGAUCGAUGGAUGAAGUAA